AUGGAAUCUGCUCGUGUCCUAGUGGAUAUUAUGGAGUUAGCUGUGAAAACUGUACAUGAUCCAUGUUAUGGUGUAAGCUGUGGUGUUGGUACCUGCUCAAGUGGAAUAUGUUCCUGUCCAGGUGGUUACUCUGGUAGUAGUUGCCAAACUUAUGAUCCAUGUUACAAUAUAAACUGUGGGGUUGGUACCUGUUCCAGUGGAACCUGUUCCUGCCCAGGAGGAUACUCUGGAAGUAACUGCCAAACUUAUGAUCCAUGUUACGGAGUGAGCUGUGGUGUUGGUACCUGCUCCGGUGGAACAUGUUCCUGUCCAGGUGGUUACUCUGGUAGUAGUUGCCAAACUUAUGAUCCAUGUUACAAUAUAAACUGUGGUGUUGGUACCUGUUCCGGUGGAACCUGCUCCUGUCCAGGAGGAUACACUGGAAGUAUUUGCCAAACAUAUGAUCCUUGUUACAAUGUGAACUGCGGAGUUGGCACUUGUUCUGGUGGAACCUGUUCUUGCCCUGGUGGAUAUUCUGGCAGUAAUUGCCAAAAUUCGUGUCCAUUUGGUUAUGACUGGCUUUCAAGUAGUAAUACGUGUGUUAAAUUCUAUGACGGCGAUUACAGAAGCUGGACUAAUCUUAAAUCGGCAUGUCAGGCUGAUGGUGCAGAUUUGCCUCUUUUAAAUUCAGACACGUUAUUCAAUGACUUCAGGAUCUACAUGGAUCAAAAAACAAAUGAUCGAGUUGCUGUUGAUGGAACGUUGAGCGGAAACCAAGGUUAUUGGUCAAACGGGGAUGUAAUAAGCAGUAAUAGAUUUUGUAGUGGGAAUCCCGAUCUGACGUAUCAGUCAAAUGUGUGUUUAUAUUUUGAAGAUACAGCUGCAGGUUAUUGUGGAACAUCUGACAGUAGACUUGACGAUUCUUAUUGUAAUACGUCUGCAUUAAGAAUUUGUAUGAAAAAAUUAUGAUCAUGGCUUUUGUAAAAUGUUCUGUUGGAAAUGAUGCAU